UUCCUGGUCCAGUCUGUCACAUGAUGACAGAAAAGCUCCAGAGGACCAGAACCGUCUGUGUCCAAACUCCCCCAUGGCGUUCUUAUCGAGCCGACACGAUUAUAGGCUGAGCUUGUAAUAACCAUGUCCCUCCAAGAACCACGCGUCUCAGUGUUCACCUUUCAGUCUGCGGUGCACAGUGCCCAUGUUCUCCAGUGUCUGAAUGAACAACGAGAGCGGGACAUCCUCUGUGAUGUCACAGUGAUGGUGGAAAACAGAAGCUUCCAGGCCCACUGCUCCGUGCUGGCUUCCUGCAGUGCAUAUUUUCACAACAGAUUCACCAAUUUCACCAGGCACAAUUCCAUCAUUACCUUACCUGAUGAGGUGACUGUGGAUGGAUUUGAACCUUUGCUGCAGUUUGCCUACACAUCAAAGCUGCUGUUCACCAAAGAAAACAUUCAAGCCAUUCACAGCAGUGCACAGUUUUUAGGAUUUCACAGCUUGGAGUCGGCAUGCUUCGAUUUCCUCAUUCCCAAGUUCUCUGAAGGCAGAAGAGCAACACAGGUGCACAGCCGAAGAGUUUGUUGUAAGAGUCGAAAUCCCAGUGGCAGUUUUGGCCCGAGUGUAGAGAGCAGCCAACCACAGUCAUCUGACUCACCCAGCUCGGUGUCUUCUAAAGGUGAUGAACAGGCAGACUUCCAGUUCCUGUGUCCUCAGAGUGCGACAAAGUCUGAGGAAGAACACUUGAAUAUAGACCACUGUGGACCACAAGUGGCUCCCCUAACUCUUCAGUUAACAGAGAAUGGUAUCUGUCCUAUGCUGCCUUUGCCUUGUUCUAACUCAGACAAAGCAGAUCAUUCCUCUGAGUUCUGUGACAGAAACAUUUUAGGGAUGGAUGUGUGUAAUCAAAGCAAGUUCACUUUGUCAGACUGUGACCUAACCUGCGAGUUGUCAAAUACAAGACACACGAAUCUUCCAGAACUCAUUCACCCAGCAGGCAAAAGCAUCGAGACAGUCGAGACACUUGGUGCUGAAACUAACUGUAACCCUGCUCUAUGUCCGAUCAAUGCAUCGGAGCCUGGAGAUUGUUGUGAGUUAUCGGAGAAGAGUCAGGCUGGCCUUGUAGAGCGAGUAAUGGGUGAGCUCUCAGAGCCCACACUGACUGAAGAAGCAUUUGAGGAGAGGAGCAGUGUGGAGAGGGAAGUGGCUGAACAUUUGGCAAAGGGAUUUUGGCCAGACUCACACCCAUCUCAAGUUCAGCCACUCCCUCUUGAUGCCAUGAACCAAAAUAGUUUAGCAAAAGCAUCAGACUUCCAUUGGCUGAAGCAGCUGGAUCUGUCCGCCACUGUGGGAGACUGUCCCUUCCUCAGGGACCUGGAUGCAGGUGAUGAUCCACCUCCACAGACGGACAACUUGUCCCAGUCAGAGAAGAGUCCGUGUAUGUCUUCUGCACUCAACUCAGCAGAUGACUCAGAUCUGGACACAGAUGGAGACUCUGAGGCCAACAACAAAAAAGCAGCAGAGAUGAAGCUGCCGUUCUCAGUGCAAGAGAUCUCAGAGCUGACUCGGAGUGAUUUCCAGCAGCUUCUGAAACGGCAGCAUCUGAGUCAAGAACAGCUGGAGUUUGUCCAGGAUGUCCGGCGACGAAGCAAAAACCGCGUCGCUGCUCAGCGCUGUCGAAAGCGAAAGCUAGAUGGCAUACAACAGCUGGAGUGUGAAAUCAACACACUGAGGAAUGAGAAGGAGCGUUUGCUGUGCGAGCAGACUCAGCUGGAGAACAACCUUGAGGAAGCUCGACAGAGCCUGUGCGGGUUAUGUGCGACUCUGAACAUCGACUGUGACUCAGAGCAGGACUACCCGCAACUUCUUGCCAAGCUCUCUUCCUCAUAUGUGAACAUGCCCUCUGCAGGCCUUUUGGCUAAGAACGAGCACUCAGACAAUGCCAUUGAAAUGGUAAGUUGUUCGUCAGAGUGCGACCCCCUUGUGCUGCCUGCAGACUCAAUCCACUACGCCGUAGCGCAUACAGAGGAGCAGCAGCAGGUAGGCUCUCCACAGAGCUGUCCUGUUCCUACUGCCCUCCUGAGCGCCUGUCUGGACAUUAAUGAAUACUCAUAGAUCAAUUCCAGUUCUGUCAUUCCUGUUCCUGCAGGACCUGUGAGUGUGAGGAAUUUGUAGCAUUUACUGUAACUUCUUUUCGGGGAAAAAUAUCUCCCGAAUGUUUCACCUGUUGGAUUUCUGCCUGAUCUUAGCAUCUGGUAUCUUAACAUGACAAAUACAUUUCACUAUCGAAAAAUAGAAUCUGUAAAGAAAUGCCGGUUAUUCUUCAAGGUGCAGACAAUUUUGUGGUGAUUUCUCACACGUCAUUUUCUCAGGGAAACACACAAGCGGAUUCCUACGA